AUGGCAGAGACAGCGGCGGAAGUCGCCCAGUUGGACGAGAGGCCUUCUGCACCUGUCCGGACGGACACUUCCCGGGUGGCACGACCGGAUAUCGCUGGGCCAGACACUCCUGAGCAUCCAUUCCCGAUCAUACUCUCGGGUGCGGUUCAACGCGGUUUUGGGAGGGGAGGCAAGGACCUGGGCUGUCCGACUGCAAAUUUCCCCGAUGAGUCUAUCUUGCCCAUGAGCUCCGUAACGCAAACAGGAGUCUAUUUUGGAUAUGCACAAGUCUCUAGAGAGAAGGACGGGAAGAUCGUCCUUCCUGAAGAGGAUGCGAAAGUAUUGCCUAUGGUCAUGAGUCUCGGCCGGAACCCAUUUUAUAAGAACAAGAUGCUGACUGCGGAGAUACACCUCAUGCACGAUUUCCAGUCUGACUUUUACGGCCAUGAAAUGAAGGCUGUCGUGCUUGGGUACAUUCGUCCUCAGCUAGAUUAUAUUUCCCGAGAAGCCCUCAUAGAGGACAUAGAGACAGAUAAGCGGGUGGCUCUGAAGUCACUGGCGAGACCAGGCUACGAGAAAUUCAAAGCAGACCCUUCAUUCGAUACCACCAACCUCUCUAGACUAUAA